UAAUGACCAUUUCUAAUAAAAUGGAAGACUUCCACGUAUGAAUAUAGGUUAUAAAAUUUUGACAACUUAAAAAUGGUGAUGUGUUUAUAAUUCGUGUCAACUUAGAAAACUUAAAAUAAAGUAUAUUAAGUAAAGUCUCAAAAUGCCACUUCGUUUAGACAUAAAAAGAAGGCUAACAGCCCGUUCUGACCGGGUAAAAUGUGUAGACCUCCAUCCUACAGAACCCUGGAUGCUCUGCUCCCUUUACAGCGGAAACAUAAACGUCUGGAAUCAUGAAAAUCAGCAACUCGUUAAAACUUUUGAAGUAUGUGAUCUGCCAGUGAGAGCUGCAAAAUUUGUACCAAGAAAAAAUUGGAUUGUCAGUGGAUCUGAUGAUAUGCAGAUAAGGGUUUUUAAUUAUAAUACCCUAGAUAGAGUUCAUGCCUUUGAAGCGCAUUCUGAUUAUGUUAGAUCCAUUGUUGUACAUCCUACACAGCCAUAUAUUCUAACAAGUAGUGAUGAUAUGCUUAUCAAAUUAUGGAAUUGGGAAAAAGCAUGGGCCUGCCAACAGGUGUUUGAAGGCCACAUCCAUUAUAUUAUGCAAAUUUCCAUAAACCCUAAAGACAACAACACCUUUGCCAGUGCUUCUUUAGACAGGACCAUAAAAGUCUGGCAAUUGGGUGCUUCCACUGCAAAUUUCACUCUCGAAGGUCAUGAAAAAGGAGUAAACUGUGUUGAUUAUUACCAUGGAGGUGAUAAACCAUACCUAAUAUCUGGUGCAGAUGAUAGAUUAGUCAAAAUUUGGGAUUACCAGAAUAAAACUUGUGUCCAAACUUUAGAAGGACAUGGACAAAACGUUACUGCUGUUUGUUUCCAUCCUGAACUCCCAAUAGCUCUUACUGGAAGUGAAGAUGGUACUAUCAGAGUUUGGCAUGCAAAUACUCACAGAUUAGAAAGCAGUUUGAACUAUGGCUUUGAAAGAGUAUGGACUAUUUUCUGCUUGAAGGGUUCCAAUAAUGUUGCUUUAGGUUAUGAUGAGGGUAGCAUUUUGGUGAAAGUUGGUAGAGAGGAACCAGCUGUUAGUAUGGAUGCAAGUGGUGGAAAAAUUAUUUGGGCUAGACAUUCAGAAUUGCAGCAGGCUAACCUCAAGGCUCUUCCAGAGGGUGCUGAAAUUAGGGAUGGUGAACGCCUUCCAGUUUCUGUGAAAGAUAUGGGUGCAUGUGACAUCUACCCACAAACUAUCCAGCACAAUCCAAAUGGUCGUUUCGUGGUAGUUUGUGGAGAUGGAGAAUACAUCAUUUACACAGCUAUGGCAUUAAGGAACAAAGCUUUUGGAAGUGCCCAAGAGUUUGUGUGGGCUCAAGAUUCAAGUGAAUAUGCUAUCAGGGAAUCUGGAUCUACAAUUAGAAUAUUUAAAAAUUUCAAAGAAAAGAAGAAUUUCAAAUCUGAUUUUGGUGCUGAAGGUAUAUUUGGAGGCUACCUUCUGGGUGUAAAAUCCGUUUCUGGAUUGACUUUCUAUGAUUGGGAAACUUUGGAUUUGGUUAGAAGAAUUGAAAUACAACCACGGGCAAUAUAUUGGUCUGACAGUGGCAAAUUAGUUUGCUUGGCCACUGAAGAUAGUUAUUUUAUACUCUCAUAUGAUUCUGAUGAAGUACAAAGGGCCAAAGACAAUAAUCAGGUUGCUGAUGAUGGAGUUGAAUCGGCUUUUAAUCUCUUGGGUGAAAUUAAUGAGUCUGUACGUACUGGUCUAUGGGUAGGAGAUUGUUUCAUUUACACAAAUUCUGUAAACCGUAUAAAUUACUUUGUUGGAGGUGAACUUGUAACAAUAGCCCAUCUAGAUGGACCACUUUAUGUUCUUGGUUAUGUCCCUAAAGAUGACAGGCUUUAUUUAGUAGACAAAGAACUAAGAGUAGUUAGCUACCAGCUCCUUCUUUCAGUCUUAGAAUAUCAAACUGCUGUGAUGAGGAGAGAUUUUUCAACUGCUGAUAGAGUCUUGCCUUCUAUUCCAAAAGAGCAUAGAACCAGAGUGGCACAUUUCUUAGAAAAGCAAGGUUUUAAGCAACAAGCUUUGGCAGUUAGUUCAGAUCCUGAACAUAGAUUUGAACUAGCAGUUGCACUAGAAGAUCUAAACACAGCCAGAGCCUUAGCUCAGGAAGCUAAUAACCCUCAGAAAUGGAGCCAACUUGCCGAACUUGCAGCUUCUACGAACAAUCUAGAAUUAGCCAAAGAAUGUAUGCAGAAGGCUCAAGAUUACGGAGGGUUGCUACUUUUAGCUACUAGCUCAGGAGAUGAAAAAGUAGUAAGGGCGCUAGGGGAUGCCACUCAAACAGAAGGCAAACAUAAUCUAUCUUUCUUGUCUCAUUUCUUAGUUGGCGAUUUAAAUAAAUGUCUGAAUAUAUUGAUAACAACUGGAAGACUUCCAGAAGCAGCUUUCUUUGCGAGGUCUUACUUACCUGAUAAAAUCUCAGAAGUGGUAGAUCUCUGGAGAACACAGUUGUCUACUAUCAAUCAGAAAGCAGGACAAAGCUUGGCAGAUCCUAAAGAUUAUGAAAAUCUGUUUCCUGGUCUUCAAGAAGCAAUAGUAGCACAGAAAUUUUUGGAACAAAAUAACCCUGGAUUUACUCCAGCAAUGUUAGCAACCAGUAUCACCCCAAAUCAUGAAAGAAACGUUAUAGCUGAGGUGGAAGCCCAGUCGAAGAAUAGUGGAGUAACUGGGAGUUCUUCUCAAUAUUCUGUGAAGGCACCUAUUGAGCAAUUGAAGAAACUCUCAAUUGAUCAAGAUGAUGAUGACGACGACAUAGAUUUAGACCUGGAUGGUGUGAAUAUAGAUGAAAAUAUAGACACAACGGAUAUCAACAUAGAUGACGAUUUGUUGAGCGAUUGAAAAUAACUUUUUUUUUACUUAUUUAGUAUUAUAUGUAUAUUGUUCAUUCCUAUUGUAAGAAAAUAAAUUAUAUAAGAUUUUACAUUUUAGGAUUUCUAUUAAAUUAAAUCCAUGAAAUAUUACAAAAA